AUGUCGUCCUCGAAGGCGUCGAAGAAGGCCGCGGCCGCGGCCGCGGCCAAGUCCGGCGGCGAGCCCUCGGCGGCGAGCGACCCGAUCCGCGCGCUCGCGUACGUCCUCCGCGGGAACAAGGGCCCCGAGUCGAGGAGCGCGCGAUUGCAGGACCCGCGCAUGGGGGACUCGCGCGUGGACUACUUCCGCGGCAAGGACCUCUUCCGCGCGCUCCGCGCGUCGCCGGAGAUCUUGGACGAGUACGCGCCGCUCAUCACGGGCGCGCCGACGCCGACGGUGCCGACCGCGAAAGAUCGCGACGCCCAGGUGCACGCGAUCGCGACGCAGAUGAUGAAAUCCGGGUACUUCGUCCGCGCCGAUCGCGUCUACAAGACCCCGCGCCCGGGCCGCACGAAGCGCGUCAAGUUCCCAAAAUUCCUCGAGCCCGUCCCGAGCGCGUCGCAGGCGUUCGCGCGCGACGGCGAGGGGUUCUACGCGUGGAAGUACGACCGACCGAUGUCGUGGACCUUCGUCUGCGUCUCCUUCGCCGCCGCCGUCGCCGUCGUCCUCAUGUGCUUAUUCCCGCUGUCGCCCAUCUGGUUCAAGAAGACGAUCCUGUACGCGUGCAUCGGCAUCUUGUCCACGUUCUUCGUGAUCUUCUCAGCGCGCGCGAUGGUGUUCGCGCUCGUGUGGAUCGUCGCGGGGAGACAGUUCUGGGUCCUGCCGAACAUCAGCAGCGACGAGAUCCCGUUGGAUGAAAUAUUUUCGCCGCUGUGGGCGUUCGACGACGUCGACGCGAACGGCGCCGUCGUCGGGUACGUCCCGCUCGUCAACCGACUGAUGGGCGCCGGGAGCGUCGCCGCGGUGUUGUACGCGCUGUACUGGGUCGCCCCGGAGAACGGCAGCGCGAUCAAGAGCAUAUCGAAAGCGCACGGGAGCAUCCUGGAUCUGUUCGACCUGAACGACGCGCCGAAGAGCGUCGCGGGCGCGGUGUUCAACGCGACGGGGAACGAGACGGCGACGGCGGGGGGUAACGACGACGUCAACGCGAGUUUCGGGGUCAACGCGACGGUUAUCGUGGGCGAGGAUGCGAUCGAAGACGUCGACGCGACGGUCGCGGGCGGCGGCGGCGGCGACGCGAGCGCGGCGGCGGGGGAGGCAGAGGCGGGCGGGGGCGGAGCAGGAGGUACAGCUGUACCGAGCGACGCGUCCAGAGCGGAGUCGAAAGCCGAGCUGUAA